AAAAUGGUGAAAAAAAAAGUGAAAAACUUCAAAAAGCUAUGAUAAAUUGUAUUAUUACAGAGAUUGUUUGAAGAUGACGAGCUACAAGUAGUCCACAUCUGUGUACUUAGCCACACUGACGGCUAUGUAUUCUGAGUGGUCAUCCCUUCAGGAGGAGAUCCAGAGUGGGAAGGGUAACCAGUCAGUUCUAAACAACUUCCCACCUGGCGUAGGUCAAGAAGUUGCAAGUGUUGUCGUUCGAAAUAUUGCUGCUAACCUCAGCAUUUCUGCUGCAAGUGAUGAGCCGAGCAAUUUGAAGGAUGACAAAGACGUCAAAUGGACCAUGGAGGUUCUUUGCUUUGGCCUGGGGUUGCCUCUCACCGAGCACGACACAAUCAAUGACUGUGUGAAGGUAUAUUGUGAGUGGCUCACAGCUCUAAUCAUCCCCAAGCCAUGUGUACCGAAACCUGUGAUCGAAGACCCCAACCCAUACGCACAAAGUAUCCUACUUCAUCUACUAAACCUGUUCAAGCCAAGGCCACAAGCAGGAGUUGACUUGGUGAAGCGACAGGCCCUGUUAUGUCACAGAGUUCUGCGUGCCAUCGAAUCGGUUGCCAAGGAAUCGUAUAUGUUAACGCGUGCCACGUGGGAAUCACUGCUCAAGUUCCUGCUGGCUGCCACUGACAGUCUUCUCUCUCCACCCACUGAGAAAGACGACACUGGACUGAGCUCAUAUGACAUUGGUGACCACCUGUGUGAGAGAGUGCUCAGUGUUCUGUUUGGGAUUUGGAUCAUCUCCUGUUCCAAGUGUUUUCCAUCCCCGUCACUGUGGAAGACCUUCCACAACAUGUGUUUGUUCUGGCGCCAUCACGAAGCGCUUGUUAUUCAGUGGCACAAGAUCAACCACGCUCUCACUUCACAUCUCGUCCGAAUGAUGUAUGGGCCAGGCUACCCAGAACUCCUUGUCUGUGAGGACGAUAUGGCUUUGAUACCAUCUGACAUCAGUCAGGAAUGCAUCACCCAGAGCUGGUUUCGUUUCCUGCACAUCCUGCAGAACCCGGUGGAUCUGAGUAAACCAAUGAUCAUCGGCGGGACCCAGCGCUUCCUGCAAUACGCCCUGUCGAGCCACGACGUGGUGGAGCCCAGUCAACACGAGUGUCUGCAGAAACUGCCCGUCAUCUUCUACAAGGCCAUGAGGGGAGUCUCCAUCAUGAUCAACGCAUUUUUAGGACUAUCUCAGUCGGUGAAAGAAGAGAACCUGAUGGCCCCUCAGUCUACAUGUAAACAGACUUCAGCAACACCAGUGACUCCACCUGGACAGAGGAAGAUGGCGAAACCCAUGCAGGUGUUGGCGGGAACUCUCACUCAAAGAGCAUCUUCGAAACCCAGUCAUCUUUUACAGAAACUACACUUACCACCUACAAACAACAUCCAGACCCAUCUGUGUAUUGACAAUCAGCUGCCGUUCUCACCCAGUCGGCCACGGUGUAACAGCAUUCUACACCUGUUUGGAGCAUGGCUCUUCGAUGCUGCAUUGGUCGGAGUCAAACUUCACUCAUUACAUGCUGCACCAGACAAGCCUAACCGAACCAGUUCAUUUCUCGAAAGCUUGACAUCCGAGCAGGUGAACAGUGAUGUUUUGUGUGACAACACGUAUGAAUCGGGUCGUGCUGAGGCUGUAGGCACACUCUGCCGAAUGUUCUCGUCACAUAAGACAGGGGAGGAGAUCCUGCCUAUCUACUUCUCUAGAUUCUAUCUCUGUGUGUACUAUGGGCUACAGACCGAUGAGAACGUCAUCAGCGGUCAGGUGUUGGUAAACAUCCUGUUCAAUUCGUGUGAUCUGCUCCGUGUUGAUUUGACUGGUGUUCACAUUCUCGUGCCUUACUUCCUCAGUGCUAUCGAACUGGUGCUCGUGAAAUCUCCAGACUUCAAGCACUGUGAGCAUAUAUCAUAUGUUGAACUCCGAAAAGCUUGUAUCCACUUACUUCUGUCGAUGCUUUGUCUGCCACUUCAUUUCAAGGAUUUGGAAAUAAAAGAUACUCUAAAUAGUCACUUCAACAUUAAAUCUGGUUUGACGUUCCUGUCCCUGAAGGCAAGGACAAUUGAUCUGCUGCAGAAGGCGUUAUCCAAUGAGACAGACAGUGCCAACACUCAGAUGCUGCUUGGAGGACUGAUGCUGCUCGUCCAGGACCUGGCGACCUGUGAGAAUGCAGAAGAAAAUGUGAUGCCAGUGAAGGACGCCAGCUCUGACAGGAUCAGUCAUGUUAAACAUGACAGUGCCUACAGUCUGUUUGGUCAUGCCACCUCCCUGGUGUGUAACCGGCUGAUGGCGUCAUGGAAGUCGGAACUCAACACGGCACUGGCGGCCAUGGAGCUGCUUGCUGGGUUAGCCAAAGUGUCGAUCCAACCUCCAAACAUGUUGAUGUGCAAGCGCACAGUGAAGUGGAUCUGCGACUUCAUUGUUUAUCAGUGCAGUCGCCCCGCCCCGUCCCACUCACGCGACCUGCACUCUAUGAUAGUCGCAGCUUUCAAGUGUCUUCUCCUGUGGCUGGUGGAGCACAGUAGUUUGUUGUAUGACAAGGAAUGUCUGCAUUACGUGUUGGAGGUUGUCGAACUCGGGAUUUCCGGAUCAAAGUCACAGGGAAAAGUACAGGAAUCUCAGAAUGUAAAAACCAAAGUUGAUGAGAAAUCAAAAAAUGUAACACCUAAGAACCGUGCAAGUGACCCUCCAAAAUUCAAGGGAGAAAAGCAGUUAAUGCCAGCCUCCAUGAGGGUGAAAGAUGCUGCAGAGGCUGUGUUGACCUGUAUUAUAGAUCAAGUGGGUGCAUUUCCACCCCCAUGUGGACCAGAAUCUCUAUUUUCUCUGCUUGAUGAGCGCACACUUCUUCGCUAUGCCAAGGGCAGUGGGUUGAUUGAAAAUGGAUCACCAUUUAGAUACUAUGUUAUUGAUAAUUCCAUCGUCGUUGGUUUGUUAGAGCAGCCACUGGGCAGUGUUGAAGAUCCUCUUCCUACUGUGACUGCCCUAAUUCGGGGUCCAUUUGGACGACAUGCUUGGACCAUGCAACUUAGACACUCCCCAAGAUGUCAGAAAAUUUCAACUCAGGCAAACCUAAAUCGACCAACACCAGAUAACAAUGUUGGAAUCCAUCACAAAGUGGAGCAUAGAUACUUUCCAGAAAGCAUUGAAAAGAUACCAUUAACCAAUGCUGACAAGAGUAUCCCGCCCAUGGAAUCACUGAUUACAGAUGAAAACCAAAAUGACCUGGAAAAACUUGCUGGAUAUAUUGAAAAAUCUAUCUCAUUUGAGAAAGAAGUUAGUGAGCGAGUAAGAUGGGAAAAGGCAGCCACCCCUUAUCCUAACCCACUGACAGAAUGCAAGCCUCCUAAGAUUUGUCCCGAGUACCAGACGGCCAGAUUGUUUCUAUCUCACUAUGGCUUUCUUUCACUCGAGUGCCUCAAGGAGCCCUCAAACAGCAGUGUGCCGCCCGCCCUAGUCAUGCUGGAUACAUCCAAUCCAGCCAUCUUCGCCGAUCUUGAGACUUUGGACCAUAUUCCUAGCCGAGACAACGACACACUUCACAUCUUCUACGUCAAGUCUGGUCAGAGGACCGUCACAGAGCUGUUGUCAAAUGUGGUGUCUUCUUCAAAAGUACAGCCCCAGUUUCUGGAGUUUCUCCACUCUCUUGGGUGGCCUGUGGAUGUGAGGAAACAUGCUGGAUGGACAGGUCAUAUUUCAUCAAGCUGGAGAACCACUGCACCCGAGUCUGUUGAUGUUGACGACUACCAGACAAACACAGGAGGAAGUAUAUAUGAUGGCCGACAGCAGGUUCUAUACUGGGCAGAUGUCACCACAGAGAUGGCAUUUGUUGUUCCCUCGCCAGAAUCUUACAAUCAAAGGAUAACUACCCCAGUCAAUGAUUCAGAGCGAUCACCAACUAUGUCGAAGAAUGUGGCGAGUGAUUCUCUUGUUUUCAAACCGAAGACCUUGAUCCUGGAGUCUGAGAAGGCUGGUGUUCCACCCAAAGAGAGUCCUGGGUCACCAUCCGAGUUGAAUGUGCCCAGCACGUCGGCAACACGCACCCGUCGACUCGGCAGGCAGUCAGCCACAAUGGCUCCUGAGUUUAAAGUCUUCACCAUCUGGCUCGAGAACUUCGAAGACCAUGAUUAUGUCCCAACAGAUGAAAUGAUCAACGUGGCAAGUACUGGGCAGGAGCAAAUUCCAGGCAGCAAUAGUGGGUCAUCAUUACGUGACAGAGAAGUCUACAUCAUAUUUAUCCAUGCUUUGCAAAACGGACUUUUCAGAAUACACUUGCAUAAAUGUGAAAAAUCUCAAACCAAAAUGUCGAUGGCCAUUCCACUAGUGGAUGGGAUGCUGGUGAGCAGGAGGACCCUAGGAACAAUGGUUCGACAAACUGCUAUCAACAUAUGUCGCAGAAAGAGAAUGGACAGUGAAAUGUACCAGCCACCUCAUGUAAGAAGAAAAUUCAAAAUCCAAGAAAUUGUGAACAAAUACCGAGUGACUUUGACAGAAGCAGAGUUCUACACAUCGUUGUUUGAGAAAGUGCCAAAAUAAGAUAGCCUAUAUGUAUUCGCAAAGGGCGGUGUGCAAUAACAUAUUGUUGGUGGUUUUUAAAGUUUCAUUCGAUUGUUAUGUCAUUGUUUUAGGUCAAUGCAAAUCUUCCUUGAAAUUUCUUAAAACAUGCUGUGUAUUGAGAAUUCAACGAAUGUGCAAUCGCCAUAGAUAACUUUUUAAAAUCUGGUCAGUUAAGAUUUGUAAAAAAUAGAAUAAAAGACUGGUCUUUCAGAUACCAUUUAUCUUACAACUUGUUUAAGUUUGAUAAAAAUUAAUAAAUUAGGUGUUGGUUAAUUGAUUUGUAAAAUAUAUUUUGGUAUAAGGAUAUUACUGACAGUGCAAAAGAAAGUGUAAGUAGCAUGCAGUGAAGGGGUGAGAAUCAGUAAAACAUCCGGGUGACAUAUCUGCAUGUAAGAUAUUUGGCAAACAAAAUCCCUAAAGUCUGCAUCCCAGCUGUAUCUGUACACCCUCCUAUAUAAUGCUUUCUGAAGCAGCCAUACAAAACAAUGUAUUACGGAGAAUGCAGUCAUUAAAAAUAUACUCCCAGUCAAAUCUGCAAGUGAUGUGUAUGCUUAUAUAUCAUAUAGUUCAAUACAAAAGUUGGCUUUGUAAGUUCUGUAUUUGACUUUUGACCUUAAUGGCACUGAUCCUGUAAAUUGUAAUCAUGAAACAUAAUUUGUGUUAAUUUGAUUUAAUUUUUAGGACACUACUUAUGGAGCUGAUGGACAAAUGGACAUUAAGACCCAUUGGCGGUUUCACCAUGAUUCGUGGUUUAAAUCCACUUUGAAAAAGGAUCAAUAGAACUUUCAAUUCAUGUUAAUGGUUAAGUUCUGAUCUUUGCUCAAAAUAUCAUUUUCGACUUGAUGGAUGGUUCAUUGUAUUAUGUGUACAUACACAAAUAGUUCAAGGUUUAAUCUGUCAUAUUCAAACCACCAAUGAGAAAAGAAAGAGAAUUUCAUAUCCUGCCCAAACGUUUUGCAAUAUAAAAUAUGAACAAUUUUGCUCAGAUCCAUAUAGAUUCGGUUUUUUUUAGGGGGCGUGUAUGUUUGAGGGGGUUGUUCAUAACAAAAAGUUUUUAAAAUUAACAAACGACUAGAAUAACUUACAAGAACAUUAUUACAGAUGUUGCCUAUAUUUUGUUUAAUAUUAAUAUGUUAUGUAUGUUGUACUUGUUAUUUGUUACAUAUAAUCUUAUAUCUGUAUUAUAGUUAAGUUAUUGAUAUAGAGUUCUGCAUGACAAGUCAGCUGGUGCCUUAUUCCUAUAUUUUCUACCAGUUUGAUUUUUCAAAAUGUGUUACCCUUUGUGAAAUUAGUGAGAGAACAAAUUAAAGACUAAUGUUAAGUUUGGUUAAAAGUUACUUCAAGAGCAAAAUCAGGUCUGAAGAUUGAAAGGAAAUUACUGUUACAUUUGUGUGUGAAUAUGAGUCAGAACUAAACAUUUCUAAGGACAACAGUCAUUAAAGAGGCAUCAUUAAUCUGGAUUGAUUGAUCAAUGGAUUAUGUAUUCAGUGUUAUGACCACAAACUGGGGUACAAACUGAAUAAAUGUAGAUCAGUUACAGCUCUUUUAAGAAAUGUCUAUGGCCUGUUUAUAACUGAAAAACUACCAUAUCAUCAUUUUCACCUGCCCAACAGUUCAAGUGGGCGAUUUUGUUAGAUUUUCAGUCCUUCAUUAAUGCUAAAAGUCCCACUAUUAAAUGAUAGUUGUCCUUUUUAGGUGACAGCACUUGGUUCUGGCUUCCAUUUUCUCAUUAGGGACCAUUCAAUGAUUAGGUACAUACUAAUGCUGAAAUACUUGUCAACACACACCUUACUUUUACUGACAUUAUGAGAUUUGCUGUUUGUAUUUUUAUUUGUUUUCUUUGGAAUUAAAUACUAGAUAGAAAAUGGUCAUGGCAGGAUGCAUUAUGAAUAAAAAUGAAAGUUUUUUUCUAAAUUGUUGCAUAACACUUGACCAAAAACCCUCUCCAUCCAUCAUUUAUAAUGUUUUGAAACAGAUCCCAUAGCAUCCUCUUCCCCAUGUCAGCAUUAGAUAAUUGUUGAAUGGCCCCUCGUUUCCAGGUUUGAUAUGUGAGGUGGUAGUUCAUUGUUCCAUGUUUUCAAAAGACCAAUGAAAUAACACAUACUUUUAACAUUGGGGAUAUUUUUGCAAUGUCUGUUAAUGUUUUUUUGAAGCAACAGGUCAAAGGAAUAGUUGGGUGUUUCAGGCUGCAAAUUUAGCAGGAUUCUUUGUUUCUGCGAAUCUCAGAUUUUGGGUGGGAAGAAUAAAAUUAUGAGAUGGAAUCUCAAAAUAUCUACAUUACAUCAUCUUAUGAUUUUGGUGGAAUUCUAAUAUAAAAUCUCCAAAUUUAAUGCCCAAGAUUUAUUUAAUUCCAUUUAUCUGGGAUGAGUUAUGUUUUAAAAUCAUGUGGAAAUUGGCAGCCCUAUGGUCAUAUACUCUUCAAAAGAAGAAACGCAAAACCACAUUGUCGUAACAUUUGGAGAAUUGAUUUAAUUAUUGAAUGGUGAGUCCGAUAAUUACCAAAUGUUGCAGGAUUGUUCACAAUUCACUCU